AAAUCAUCUAACCACACUUGACACUUACAUCUAAAGAAAAGAAAAGGAAAGAAUGGGCAACUGUCUAAGGCACGAGUCAGAAAUGCACUGGGCUGGUGAAGAUUGGGAUGAUUUCAUCGAACAAGACGAUGAACAUCACCAUCAUAGCUCCAAGAAGAUCUCCACUAAAGCUAGUAAAACAGUAAGUGUUAAACGAGAACGCAAAUCAUAUGAUCCAUCUCAUCAUGCGAUCAAGAUCAGGCUCACGAAGAAGCAACUCCAUGAUUUACUUAAUAAAGUCAACGUUCAUGACUUAACCGGUUCUGCAGCGCCUGAUCUUGAUUGUAAAACUGAAGAAGGCAACCAACCCCGGUUAUGGAAACCGGUUUUGCAGAGCGUACCAGAGGUUGACUAAGAGUUUCUAAUCGAUGAGACCAUGUUGUAUUUCUUUAGGGUAUGGUUGUAGGAAUAGGAUUUGUUGAUGUAAAUUUUGAGGUUUUGUUUUUGUUUGUAAAGUAAAUAUUUGUUUAAAAAAAUAAACCUUGACCGGUGGUAAACUGGUA